AUGUCGGUUCAUGAAGAUGUUACUGAUCCUCAGCUCGCAAUGAUGUAUGAAGCUCAAUCAGUAGAUCAGAUUGAUCAUCAUCAUCCUCUGUCAUUGAAAAUUGUAUUACAUGGCAAAAACAAGUUAGGAUUUGUUCUAGGCACCUGCAAAAAAAGCAACUACGAUGUUAGCCUUCAUGAACUAUGGGAUAGAUUUAAUGUGAUAGUGCUUGCAUGGAUUAUGAAUACUGUGUCUCCUAAUCUGCUUAGUACUGUAAUCUAUGCAUCAGAUGCCUAUACUGUUUGGGAAGAUCUUAGGGAGAGAUUUGACAAAGUUAAUAUUUCUAGGGCAGCUUACUUGCAUAAGGAAAUAGCUACACUAACCCAAGGAGUAUCCUCUAUAUCUGUUUACUUUUCUCGACUAAGAGAACUGUGGGAUGAGUAUGAAACGUUGACUCCUCCUCCUACUUGUGGUUGUCCUGAGUCAAAGAAGCAUGUUGAGCACUAUCAGCUUCAAAAACUCUAUCAGUUUCUCACUGGGCUUAAUGACUCAUAUAAAAAUGCUAAGAAUCAGGUGUUGAUGACUAGACCUCUGCCUAAUCUGAAUCAAGUUUAUGCUAUGAUUAUCAAUGUUGAAAGCCAAAGAAUCAAUGGUAAAGGUGUGUAUGGUUCUAAUGAUGCCAAUGAAGUUGCAGCUAUGAUGAGUAAUAGGCACUACAACAACAAUGGAGGUCCUACAAACACUGCAUACACUGCAGGUUAUAAAACUAAAAAAUCAUUCAACAAGUCACCAGUUUAUUGUGAGUACUGCAGUCAAUCUUCAGAAGCUCAAAAUAAUUCCUUGGGAAGCUCUACUCUUAGUUCUCUAGCUAAGUUCUUUACUCCAGAACAGUACCAGCAGAUAUUGCAGAUGUUGAACAAAGGCAAGGAUGCUGAACCUGUAGCUAAUUCAGCAACUACAGGAACAGCAGAAUUAUCAGAAACAGAUAAAAACAAAGUAUAUCUCCCUACUGGUGAGAAGCUUAUUAUUACACACACUGGAAUAUGUUCCUUUUCAGAGAUAAGAAGUGGGAAGGUCCUGGGGAUUGGUAAAGAAGAACUUGGUCUCUACAUUCUCAAGACUAAAGACAGACAAUUUUCUGAGCAACAUUUACCACCAACUGGUCCUUAUAGGAUACCUACUCAUGAUAACAAAAGAUUUUUCUUGUCCUUAGUUGAUGAUUACUCAAAGUAUAUUUGGAUAUUUCUUCUAACCACUAAAGUUGAUACUAUUGUGGCAUUGAAAAACUUCCUAGCAAUGGUUAGAAAUCAGUUCAGAACCUCUAUUAAAUGUCUUAGAACAGAUAAUGGCACUGAAUUUAUGAAUGAUCAAGUGACUUUCUUAUUUCAAAAUCUUGGAAUUCUUCAUCAAAGUUCAUGUGUGUACACUCCUCAACAAAAUAGAGUUAUUGAGAAAAGACACAGAUCAAUUCUAGAUAUGGCUAGAGCGCUGAGAUUUCAGGCUUAUGUACCUUUGUGUUUCUGGGGUGAAUGUGUGUCCACUGCAGUUUACCUACUGAACAGGCUACCUACUAUUCUUCUUCAGGGAAAGACUCUCUUUGAGGAACUUUAUCAGAAAGGUCCAUCCAUUCAACAUCUCAGAGUUUUUGGGAGCUUAUAUUAUGCCACUAAAGUACAGAAAGUAGACAAGUUCAUUCCUAGAGUAGUCCCAACAAUUUUCAUGGGGUAUUCCUAUUCUCAAAAGGGCUAUGUGCUAUAUGAUCUUCAUUCCAAAGGUUUCUUUGUAAGCAGAGAUGUUGUGUUCAAGGAAUAUAUUUUUCCUUUUAAGAAUAUGAGGUCAGAUGUUCCUUGUCUAUUUCUUAUUCUUGAGUUCAGAGACUCAUCACCCAUCUAUAAGAAUGCUCAACAGCCAUCUUCUGGCUAA